UUCUCGUAUUGUGCUGUAAGUAUAGCUAUGCAAAUGUUGGAAACGAAUAUUUUUAGAAUGUUGUUCUUCAGUUACCAUAAUGGCAUUGUCCUAUUAUUGAAUUCGAGACGUUGCAAACAAUGGAUGUGAAAAUACUAAUUUAAGAGAAAAAUGGUUUGGGUAAGUCUUCUCAAUAUCAAGAUGCGUUAAUGGUAGCAUUCACCAUUCCAUGACGAAAUUAAGCCGUCAAUGAUGGCUUCCAAUCGUAGAACUCGUGAUAAAAUAUGGGAGUUCAUUGUUUCGUCCCAACAGGGAUUGAGGAGUUCCGGGACGUCGCAAUUGAGUCUUGUUCCUAUCGUUUCACCAGCCACAUUGGAUCGAUUUAAUUAGUCGAAAUAUUACCGCUUGUGGAAUGAAAUGUGUAGAUCCAACUAGACCAGAAGUUUAUCAAAAUUUCAAUUUUGAAAUCCGAAAAUGAAAAACAAAACAUCGAAUAAUUAACAGGUUGAAUUUUAUGGAUGAAAACCGUUUCAAACAACAGUGUUGGAGUCUCAUAUUAAGUCCAAAAGUUUUUGUUGUAAACUAUUACCAUUAAUUCACAUUUCACAUAAAUGAAAACAUCUGAGAUAUUAUCAACUUCAAAUCUUAGAGUAUUAAGAAAUGGUAAAAUUGUAUCGCUGAAAGAAAAUACUAAAAUAAAGAAAAAGUCUACCCUGAAAAAAGAUAAAAAUGAUAAUUUAUCUUUUCUAAAAAAUGGUUAUAGUGGUGUAAGUAAUUUACAUGACAACAAUUUAAAUGACCCUCAUAAAAUGAUGGUGAACACAAACAAUUAUGAUCUUGGUGGUUUGUGUAUAUUAUUAAAAAACCUUCCAAAUUCAGUCAUUCAUGAAGACCCGUUUUAUAAUAAAAAAGAUAAUAGCAGUAAUAAAAACGAUUAUACAAAUUUAGAAGAUUAUAUUCAAUUAAAUGAAGUCCAAAUAUGUAACAAACUUGAAGCAAAGACUGAAAUAAAGCCAAAGCUAUUACCCAUGAAAAACGUUAAUCAAAAAGUAGGAACACGAAAAUCGUUGAUUAAAAAAAACAAUAUAGCAACUAAAGAAGUUGGUGGUUCAAUUGAUUAUCAAAAUAUUGAUGUAAGAAUGACACGUGGAAAGAUAAUAAAGCUUCAAACAGAAGAAAGAAAACAAUUGGAUCAAAUAAUAUUUAAUAAAUUUCCAAAAAUCAAAUUUAAAAUGUUUGCUAUUCAAUUAGAUGAUAUUUACAAAGAAGAAAAGUUUUUAAGAACGCUGGGACUUACAUGUCGUUUUAAGAGUCCAUUAACUUUUAAAACUAAAAAGAAAUAACUGGAUUUUUUUUUAGUUUAAUUUAAUUUUAAUACUGUAAUUAAA